CGGAUCCGAGCGGGUUCAGUCGGUAACGAGCAGCUGCUAAACACAGGGAACGGUUCACAGGGUUACACAGUGUGGCAAGUGGCCGGCCGGUGACCCUCCUGAGCAAAAUAAAUAACGAAUCAGAACGAAGAAUUCGCGACUUACAGUAGCAGAAAGCACCUUCAAGGGCUUUGGUUACUCGAAGAAAGUGAUAGCGCGGCAAAAAAAAGUAACAACAGCGGGAAGUUUUGCGAGGUGCAGCAAAAAAUUUCCGGAAGUGAUAUUGAAGCAAACAGCAGCCAUGUGUCAGUCGGCGAUUGUGAUAAGUGUGAUAGCGUUAGCGGUUGUGAUUAAUUCAGUCAGCGGUGCACUGCCCAGCAUAAUAAAAGUAUGUUCGCGAAACGACCCAAAGAUCGACCAGUGCAUCAUCGAUGAGGUGGAUCACAUACGGUCCAACCUGGCGAACGGUGAUUUCGGCAAGGAGUUCGACAUUCCCAAGCUGGAGCCGCUGUACAUCGAACACCUCAAGAUGCAACGGGGCCAGGACUUCAACGCCGUGUUCAAUAAGCUCAAUGUGUACGGAUGCAGCGCGUUCAAGAUCGAUCGGUUGCAGGCUAAACCAAUGAACCUAUCGUUUGAUCUAGCGAUGAAUAUACCAAAGUUGAACUUUACCGGCAAAUACUCGCUCAAGAUGAAACUGCUGCUACUGAAUCUCCAAGGAAAGGGUGAUUUGAAGGGAUCGCUUACCAACACCCGACUGGCGGCUCGCAUCCGCGGCUACACGGAGAAAAUCGACGACAAGGAGUACAUACGCUUCCACCGGAUAGGAAUCCGCCUCAAGGUGGAAAACGGCUCGUUCCAGCUGGACAACCUAUUCAACGGGGAUCCCGUGCUGGGUCAGGUCGGCAAUCAGGUGAUCAACGAGAACUCGCGGGUCCUGCUGGAUGAGAUCAUUCCCGGGCUGGAGAAGAACUUGGGUCGGAUAUUUACGGAAAUAAUCAACAAACUGCUGAAAACUGCCACCAUCGACGAAAUGUUUCCCGAGAAGGUCUAGCACUGGGACGGGGGGUGCAAUGAGGAGGGUGUGGGAGUGUCUCGCGCUGGCGAGUAUGAUUGUGAUCUAUGUUGUAGUCAUUUAUGUACAAAUAAAGAAGUGAUCCGUUUUUCAGUCUCUGUUUAUGUAUGAAGUUUAAAAUUAAUGCGAAA